AUGUUGACCGUUGCUACUUCCUUAAUGCAAGGGGAAUCUCACGCUAAAUUCAACGACGUUGACGUGCCUCAUCCCCGCUCCCGGUUCCCCACAUGGAGCUGUCGGCCGGAUGGCAAUCACUUCCCAUCGAUCGAGACUACCCCGGCAGUCUGGUAAGCUUCCAUUACCCAAGUGAAAUUCAGGAUACCUACUUAGGUAGGUAGAUGGGAUGAAAUAUUUCCGGGGAACGCCUAGUUCAAUACCAGCUAGCUAUUCCUGCUCUUAUUUUAGAUUUCGCCUAAUCCCCCUUUCAAUCGUCUGAUCCUCCACUUUAAUUCUUUGUUAUGCAGAUCGACCAAAAUCUUACCAACAGCACCAUUACAUCACCUAUAGUCAAGAUUCACCAAUUUUGCUAUAGUGAAAUAUUAUUAGAAAGGUACAAUAGCAAGUUAUUCGAGUUCUAGAGCUCCACUCCAAACUUCGUCCUCAUCUCUCUUAUUCCGUUGACACUUUUACACCCCUCGUACUACGGAUAUGAACCGCGCAAACCGAAGAUCAUGACAGAAACAGAAGCCAACUCAUCCAGCUUUUCGCCAUUCUCUUGCCUACCCCCUGAACUACGUGAUCAGAUAUGGCAUGACGCUCUACCUGGCCAGUUCGGGCCAGCCAUUUUCAUCUACAGAAAAGGGUUUUGGCGGCCCCGACGUCUAACAGAGUCGGACGAGGGAUUUGACCCUUCCAACGACGAGCACAACCUGAACUUCGAGUUUCGUUACGACCUGUUAGAUGAUAUCCAAUUCGAGCUACCGCUAGCCUUUGUCAACCGCGAGGCCCGCAACAUCGCCCUAGCGUGGGCUCGCGAACAAGGCUUCAAGAUGCGGCCUCGCAAGGGCGGGCAGUACCCCCUCUUCUGGCGCCCCUUCGAACCAUCUCGUGAUGUGCUGUUCGUCCCCUUUGACAAAUGGGACGAGUUCCGCUGCGAGCCUGACGACCGGCUGUGGGAGCCGGACCUGUAUGGGCAGCUCGUGAGCAUCGAAACGGAGCCCACGCGCAUUGCUAUACCGGAAGCACUCUUCCGCAAAGAGGACGCAUUAAUAUCGGGAAUGUUCCGAUAUUUCUACCAUAUGGAAGUGCUCCUGGUUGUCGUCAAUGAGGAGCCGACCCCGAUACCUGCUGGUACAGCGGAGCGGUGGGAGUUUGAGAGCGUACCGAAAGGGUCGUUCUUCUGGGAUAGCGAGAAUGGGUGGACUGAAAGCGGUGGUGAAGACCAUGUCGGCGAGGAAAACCCGUACAAGUUAACGGAAGCGUUAAUCGACGAACUAGACGACGAGCUUCCCUCGAAUGACAUUACCAAGUUUGAGAUCCGGCACGUAAUUGCAGUUAAAAGGUAAGCAGAACUUGCUUGGUUAGGUGGUAUAAUGGGUUUUAUUCAGUAUAUUGUUAGAAGAUACCAGUUAGGAAAGGAGGGUCUAGAAUUGAAAGGGGUAUGGAUAGAAAUAUAUAUGUAUGAGAUUGAAUGAAAGGGGUCGAUCUCAAGUGGAGCUUACCAAAGAAUUCUGGUCCAUAGCAAUGGGAUCGAUAGUAACUACCGCUGUAUUGGAGUAUAUUAUAGGAUAGAUGUCUUUGUAAAUGAACAUCAUUAGAUACUAGAAGCUGCACUGAGCACCUACCUAUCCUACACCUAUCUACUCACAGUUGUCGGGAUGUAGGUAUCCGGCCUUAAGCGUCACAGCAAGAAAAGACGUCAAAAUCUAAGUGCCUCAAGCAUGGUACUUUUGGAACUUACCUAGUCUUGGAAAACCACGCGGCUUACAUGUUACUUAGCAUGUAAUUGAGGCUGGAUUCUCCUGAUUGGCUGGGUACAUCUUCGAAAAUCCCGUGCCAUAAUCACACAGCGCUCAAGUAAUCGCAGUUCGUCUGUCUUGACUUAACCUUCAAUUCAAAAGAACAAAACCCGUCGUGUAGAAUUUGGUAUCCCUGUUCAUCAUUCAUAGCCAUAUUGGUUCCAAUGAUCACUUUAGCCGGCAUAGGUACGACACAGCAGUUAUUGACCUUCUUGCUUAGAUGUCUUGGUGAGGCGAUAGCUUCUCAAACGUUGGUAAGUGACCCAUCGUAAUAGAUGUUAGUGAAAAUG